AUGGGCAACCCUGCUACUCCGUCAUCCUUUCAACAUCCUGCGACUCCAGUCGCUUCUCCACACAAGGCGGCGGACCUGAAGAAUGCCGUCAUGGGCAUUGUUUACUCUGCUUGGGAGGCAUUGCGCAAGGCAGAGCCUCUCGAUUCAGCACAUGAUCUUCGUGCAUUCUCGGACCCGGUGUCACAAACACGCUACACCCAGUUUUGCCAAAAGGCCCAAGUGCAUCUUGACUCCUUUGUCCAACCGUCGUGGCUAUCAUGGUGUGAGGAGUUGAUCUCGUCCAAGCAGGCUGCUGCCUUCUCGGUGACCAAGGAACUGAGCCCCCCUCUGAUGACUGAGGCUUCUGCUUGUAUGCCUUCUGAUACUGGGGAGGUCAUGGCCUCUGAUUCUCUGACCGCUUCUACCGGUGCCGAUGACUCCCUUCCCACUGCUGUUCCAACAUCUGCUUCUGUAGUAGCCGCACCUGCCGUGGCUCCUGCUGCUCAAGGUGUCCCUGUCCUGAAGUUCAAGUUCCAGGCUCAUGCGGCAAACCCGGUCACUAUCGACCCUCCUUCUGACUCCGAUACUGCGGCCAUGGAGGUCGACAUUCUGCUUGCUAUCAUGGUUGCCAAACCUCCCUCUGCACCAGUCUCCGAGACCAUCAAGCUUUCCAGUAACGAUGAGGAUGACAGCGAUAGCGAUGAGGUUGAGUACAUGGGUGGCACAAUGCCUAACUUGUCUCCAGCUCAUCCGAAGAAAGGCAAGGGACGUGGUCGCAAACCUGCAAAGCCAUCCGGCAUGACCGCCGCCUUUGAGGAUCAAUAUGUGCGCAUGCCUGUCCGCACCUUUCGCGAUCGCUCCCUUCCACUGAUGUACCUCCCGUUGUGGCAAAAGCUCUCCAUCAUGUGCUUGUGUCGCUAUUGCCUUCUUUUCAACAAGGCCUGCAAGUGGUGGAUGCACAAUACUGUCCCUGACGUUGACGAUGCCGACGGAUGGCUUUCGCUAAAGAAGCUGUACCAUCUGAGGAAAUGGCCACUGCCCAAGAUGCCGGAUGCCAAGUUGAUUGUGAAGGCAUCCAGUCACCAGGUUGACUACGAUGAGCAGAUGCAUAAUGCGAACACUGCUGGUAGCGAUUACGCUGCCGAGCUCGAGCUUCCUCUGGAUACGCUGAUCGAUGAGUAUGAGGCUGCACUUGCUCCGGCCCCACACCUCCGUCCAGCCCAUACCUUACCUGACAUGCCUGAGCCUGAUGUUGAGUCUGACACUGAAGGUGCACCUAAGGUUGUUACCAUCAAGCAAGAGAAGGGCACCGCCGGGCCUUCUCGUC